GUGUUUAGGUCAGAGUUCACAGAAUCGUGCUGGAAGAUGGCCGCUGAACCAGUGCAGGAGUGGAGUGAAGAGCAGCUCAAAAGCGAUAGCCUCCAGAAAAAAGACAUUAUUCGUUUCCUGCAAGAGAAUGCAGCCGACUCGUUUCUUUCAGAGCACAAGCUGAUGGGAAGCAUAAAAAAUGUUGCAAAGACAGCGAAAAAAGAACAUCUGAUCACUGCCUAUGAAGACUUGUUUAAGAGCAAGAGGUUUAAGGGCUCUGACUCAACCGAGAGUGCUGUAAGCAAGAUGAAGGAAGUGAAAAUUGAUGACAAAACAAAAGAAGCCACGCAGGAAGAGGCUGUACAUGAGGGUCCACCCAAGUAUAAAAAAUCAAUACUGAAAAAGGGGGAUAAGGUAAACUUCCCCAAGAAGGGGGACACUGUGAGCUGCUGGUACAAAGGAACACUGGAGGAUGGAACUGUCUUUGACUCCAACAUCGCCACAUCAUCAAAGAAGAAGAAAGCAACCAAGCCUUUGAGUUUCAAGGUUGGAGUUGGAAAAGUUAUUCGGGGAUGGGAUGAAGCCCUUCUCACAAUGAGCAAAGGAGAAAAGGCACUUCUUGAGAUCGAUUCUGAGUGGGCUUAUGGCAAAAAGGGGAAUCCAGAGGCCAAAAUUCCUCCAAAUGCCAAACUAAUUUUUGAAGUCGAAUUAGUUGACAUUGAAUGAGGAAUCUGACCAGAUGGGCUGUGAACCCAUGAAACACUGCAGGCCCCAUCCUGGAUGCAAGGGGCUACUCAAAUGCAUGUCCAGGACUGUUCUGGUGUAAACAUGCUCCCUGUUAAAUCUGGUAUGAUGGUAUUUACAACAGUAUUGUUUCCAUAAUAACAUUGUUAAAUGGUUAAUAAAAUUUUGCUUAUGACUAUUUUCACCAA